CUCCCCCGCGCUGCUCUGGGGAAAGAGAGGGAAAAGUCUUCCCAGAUGGAGAGAAUUCACCUCCUCAUGGUGGGUGUCUAUUUGCUGAGCUGCUGCAGGGCAGAAGAGGGGCUGAGGUUCCCCACGUAUGAUGGGAAGGACCGGGUGCUGAGCCUCUCUGAGAAGAACUUCAAGCAGAUGCUGAAGAAAUAUGACAUGCUCUGCCUUUACUACCAUGAGCCUGUGUCUUCAGAUAAGGUGGCACAGAAACAGUUCCAGAUGAAAGAGAUCGUGCUGGAGCUUGUGGCCCAGAUCCUGGAACAUAAAGACAUCGGCUUCAUGAUGCUGGAUGCCAAGAAGGAAGCCAAGCUUGCCAAGAAAUUGGGCUUUGAUGAAGAGGGGAGCCUGUAUAUUCUCAAGGGUGAUCACACAAUUGAGUUUGAUGGUGAGUUUGCCGCUGACGUGCUGGUGGAGUUUCUCUUGGAUCUCAUUGAAGACCCGGUGGAGAUCAUAAACAACAAGUUGGAAGUCCAGGCCUUUGAACGCGUGGAGGACCAGAUCAAACUCCUGGGCUUCUUCAAGAGCGAGGACUCUGAGUAUUACAAGGCUUUCCAGGAGGCUGCUGAGCACUUCCAGCCUUAUAUCAAGUUCUUUGCCACUUUUGACAAAGGGGUGGCCAAGAAGUUGUCUCUGAAGAUGAACGAGGUAGACUUCUACGAGCCCUUCAUGGAGGACCCCAUUGUGAUCCCCAACAAGCCCUACACGGAGGAGGAGCUGGUGGAGUUCGUGAAGGAGCACCAAAGACCCACUCUUCGUCGCCUGCGCCCAGAAGAUAUGUUUGAAACAUGGGAAGACGACCUCAACGGGAUCCACAUCGUGGCCUUUGCGGAGAAGAGCGACCCAGAUGGGUAUGAGUUCCUGGAGAUCCUCAAGCAGGUGGCCCGGGACAACACGGACAACCCCGCCCUGAGCCUUGUGUGGGUCGACCCUGAUGACUUCCCGCUGCUCACUGCGUACUGGGAGAAGACCUUCAAGAUCGACCUGAGCAAGCCGCAGAUCGGGGUGGUGAACGUGACCGAUGCAGAUAGCGUGUGGAUGGAGAUUCCAGAUGAUGAUGACCUGCCCACAGCUGAGGAGCUAGAAGACUGGAUCGAGGAUGUACUUUCUGGAAAGAUCAACACAGAGGAUGACGAUGAAGAAGAUGAUGAUGAUGAUGAAGAUGACGACGACGAUGAUGAUGACGAUGAUUCUGAUGAUGAUAACAAUGACAGUGAUGAUGAUGAUGAUGAUGAUGAUGAAUAGUUCAGAAUCAAAGGACCCAAUAAAAACACAAUCACAGCACCCACUACCACAUAGAUGGGGGGACAGCACCCCUGCCACGUCCCCACCCAGUCAGUUCCUCUCCUUUCCCACACCCUUCCCAUUCCCCUCCCAUCAGGAGAACUCCUUUCCAAAUGCAGGAAUCCCAGCGAUUGUCCCCCCCCCCCCCGACCUGCAGCCCACCAUGCUGUGAGGCUUAGGCAGUGGGGCCUCACAUGUCCGUUGCCUCCUCCACAGCUGUGACUCGGGAGCACUGAGUGGCUUUAUAGUGAGAGCCUGGGUGGGAGGAGCCCACCGUGAGCCAGUUCUGUCCCGGGUGGGGGGCAGGGUAGACCCCCGCCUCUGCGUGCUUGUGGAGAGUCUGGGCACCGUGGGACACAGAUGAGAGGUUGAUCUUGCAGGCUGACAAGUGUCUGUGUCCCCAGCCCGACGGUGGGGCCUCCUGGCCUGCGCCAGAACACAGUGGACUUUCUCUGUGGCUAUGUGUGAGCUUGGCCCAUCAACCAGCUAACUCUCCAUUUAUCGCUAUACAGCAUUGGCCAGGGCGGCCCAAAGCUCAAAGACACUGAGAAACUCCCCAAGUGCCUUUGGAUGCCUGGUAAUUUUUGUGUUAAGUAUCCUAAGUUAUUUUUUUCUCCAUCGGUUAACAUGUACGAGAUACUGUGUUUUUCUUCCUUUUUCUUUUUGGUUUAUUUUGGGGGCAGGGGACCUACAGCAGUCCUCUGUGGAAAAGAAGCUCACCAACUCUUGUCAUUAAACUCAUUUUGUAAAGUGUUGAGCCUA